AUUCCAAAGUGAUUAAUUAAUUAUAAUCCCAAUUCAACCUCCUGUAUCCCCCCCUCCCCCAGUUCGCUGCUGCACAAACCAGUACUUACAUACCAUCUGCCCGUCCAUUCCCAUGGCCACCUCUCUCCAGUCUUCUCCCUUCCUUCGGCCACGCCUUCUAAACUUCUGAACCACUAGAUCAAAGGCGAAUCCGUAUUCGUCCUUUGGUUCGUUGUCCUUGCAACCCUCGUCCUUAGAAUCAAAGAAGCGAGCAAGAAGAGUGAGUCAUGGGGGACGCGGUGCCCGAGGCGUACCAAGGCAACACGUCGCUCGCCGUCCGCGACUGGCUGAACAAGGGAGACAACGCAUGGCAGAUGAUCUCGGCGACGCUGGUCGGCCUUCAGAGCAUGCCGGGCCUCGUCAUCCUCUACGGCAGCGUGGUGAAGAAGAAGUGGGCGGUGAAUUCGGCGUUCAUGGCCCUCUACGCCUACGCCGCCGUCUGGAUCUGCUGGGUCACCUGGGCCUACAACAUGUCCUUCGGCGACAAGCUCAUCCCCUUCUGGGGCAAGGCCAAGCCGGCCCUCGGCCAGAAGUUUCUCAUCGAACGAGCCCAGCUUCCGGCCACCACGCACUACUAUCACAACGGGGCAGUAGAGACCGCCGAGAUCAUGCCCUACUAUCCCAUGGCGUCCAUGGUCUACUUCCAGUGCGUGUUCGCCGCCAUCACCGUGAUCAUCCUCGCAGGCUCGCUUCUUGGCCGCAUGAACAUCAAGGCCUGGAUGGCGUUCGUACCUUUGUGGCUCACCUUCUCCUAUACCGUCGGCGCCUUCUCUCUCUGGGGUGGCGGAUUCCUGUUCCAGUGGGGUGUCAUCGACUACUCUGGCGGCUAUGUCAUCCAUGUCUCCUCCGGCAUCGCCGGCCUCACCGCCGCCUACUGGGUUGGUCCGAGAUCGACCAAGGACAGGGAGAGGUUUCCACCGAACAACGUGCUUCUGAUGCUGGCCGGGGCUGGACUGCUGUGGAUGGGGUGGGCUGGAUUCAACGGAGGGGACCCGUACGCAGCAAACAUUGACUCGUCCAUGGCGGUCCUCAACACGAAUAUAUGCGCAGCCACCAGCCUUCUGAUGUGGACGACGCUCGAUGUCAUCUUCUUCAAGAAGCCGUCGGUCAUCGGAGCGGUGCAGGGGAUGAUCACUGGGCUCGUUUGCAUCACUCCUGGUGCUGGAUUGGUCCAAGGUUGGGCAGCUAUAGUGAUGGGCAUACUCUCCGGGAGCAUCCCUUGGUUCACAAUGAUGGUGGUCCACAAGCGUUGGACUCUCUUCCAGAAGGUAGACGACACCCUUGGCGUGUUCCACACCCACGCCGUCGCCGGCUUCCUCGGCGGCACCACCACCGGCCUCUUCGCGGAGCCCUCCCUGUGCUCUCUCUUCCUCCCCGUCACCAACUCUCGCGGCGGAUUCUACGGUGGCUCCGGUGGCGUGCAGUUCCUCAAACAGAUUGCCGGUGCUGGCUUCAUCACGGGGUGGAACAUCGUCGUGACGACAAUCAUCUGCGUGGUCAUACGGCUGGUGAUGCCGCUCCGCAUGUCGGAGGAGCAGCUGACGAUCGGCGACGACGCCGUGCAUGGGGAGGAGGCCUACGCAUUGUGGGGUGAUGGAGAGAAGUACGACGCCACCAGGCAUGCAUGGUCUUCUGACGACACGCAGCAUGGCAAGGUCUCUAGUGGUGUAACUCAAAAUGUUUAAAGACGAGGAAGGGCGAGGGUUAGCUAGCUAAAGGCGUGUCAAAGGGCUGGUGGAUUGGUUUGGUCGAUUUUUUGACGAUUGUUUGUGUGGGGCAAGUGGUUUAAUUAGGCUGCCUUAAGAUUAUGUGCGUGGAUUGAUCUCUGGCUCUUGUUUUAGGGUUUUUGUUUUUUGCAUGAGAAACUGCAGUGUUUUAAUGGAUAUUAUGUGGGCCGUAAAAACUGUGAUCGGAUUUA